CUGGUGAAAAAUGUGUGGUCGCACAGCAGUUUGUCUGGGAGCAGAUGGCAUCCGUCGGGCCUGUGCAUACCUUGAUAAACAGGGCAGGAGGAGACACCCUGAAUGGAAAGAUGCUGACAAAUAUAGUCCAUCCUACAAUAAGUGUCCGCAGUCUAACAAUCCUGUGCUUCUCUCCCUACAACACUUUGAGAAGGAUUCUAGUUCUUUUGAGCGUGUCCUUGUAGCCAUGCGUUGGGGGCUUGUUCCAGCCUGGUUCAAGGAAGACAACCCAUCCAAAAUGCAGUACAACACUUCCAAUUGUCGAAGUGACACCAUGAUGGAGAAGCUCUCGUACAAGGGGCCUCUUGUCAAAGGCAAGCGCUGUGUGGUGCUGGCUAAUGGCUACUAUGAAUGGCAACAACGCAAUGGACAGAAGCAACCCUAUUUUAUUUACUUCCCCCAGACUGUGCAAGAAACGUUCCACAAAUCAGAUAUAGAAGAUGAAGAUCCAAAGGGCCAGAGGUUACUCACCAUGGCUGGUAUUUUUGAUUGUUGGGAAUCCCCUAACGGAGGGGAAGCAUUGUACAGCUACACCAUCAUCACAGUAGAAGCUUCUAAAAGUGUAAGCUCCAUCCAUCAAAGGAUGCCAGCUAUUCUGGAUGGGGAUGAGGCUGUUGGAAAAUGGUUGGACUUUGCAGAAAUACCCACACAGGAAGCGCUUAAGCUUAUUCACCCCAUAGAGAAUCUUGCCUUCCACCCAGUCUCAACUGUAGUAAACAACUCUCGAAACAAUACACCAGAAUGCAUUAUACCCAUUCAACUGGACCUCAAGAAGGAGACCAAGGUCAGUGCAAGCAGCAAAAUGAUGAUGAACUGGUUAAAAAGCAAAUCUAAGAAAGAGGAAGACAAUGGCUUACCAACAUGGUCCAGCCAGUUCAUCCAAGCAGCCGCCAGGAAAACCAGUAUAAAUUUAAUGAACCAGGGGAUGGAAAAAGAAGAGGGAGAACCUUCUGCAAAGCAAUGCAAAGACCAGUAACUUGUGGGC